AUGUACAGCUCCAAUGAAUUUCUGCAAAGCGCGGGCGUCAGUCGCCAAAUGCAAGCGACGGGGGAGGCUCCUUCUCAGAAAACCUGCAUGAAGCGUAGAUCCUGCGAAGUCCCCUUAGGAGAUAUCUCCUCAACUAAUUUCAAAGUAUCCCUUAACGAUAUUUCAUCUAUAGACGACCCUAACUAUGAUUGUCGAUCAUUACGCUCAGUUAAAUCUGAAGACACAAGGUUAAGAUAUUACAGGCCUAUAGAUAGUCGUAGUGUUAAAAAUUUUCGUUCCUCUCUUGUCGAUGUUUCGGGUUUCUCGACUGGGUAUUCCUUAUCAAGACCUCCCAGUUAUGACCAGCUGUCGAGGAGGUCAUUAGUAGAAGGUCAGGAGGGUCAGGGCAUUACGUCGAGCAUAGAAGGAGUGCUGUGGUCCGAUGAGGAGGAAAAUGAGUACUUCUACCAUGAGAAUAUUACGUCUGCGUGGAAUCAAGACUUGGCGGCGAUACGACAACUGCUCGAGAGCGAGACGGGAGGUACAACGUGUCCGAGUUGUAACAUGCCCUUCGACAAGGGUAAAAAGAGAAAGCUGAUCGAUGUAUGUGGACAUGAACGCUGCUACUCGUGCAUGUUCAGGAACGAAGCUUGUCCACUUUGCGCCAGGAAGAGCCAAGGCAGACGGCAAGCUAUGGACAGAUACACACCCUCACCGCAACGACCAGACCAGGAUUGGCAGUCGCCGAUGCGGCUACCAAAACCACCAAAACAACCCACCAAUUUGGUCCAAAGCUGCCCCACACCACCGCACACGAGAAGAAGAUUCUUCCUAAGCCCAAAAUCCCUCCGCAGCCCUUUCGCACCCCGAGCCCGGCAUUCUCACGAGAAUCACGUGCCUCUAUCCGAUGACGAAGGAGGUCAUAUCAAACAGCCAGGCUACGAGGCUAGGAGGCAGAACGACCUAUACAUGCGCCUGGGCCUGCUGCUGGGCGAGCGGCGCGGCGCUCGGAAUAAAGCCCGUGACAGCUGCACUUCGCUUGCCUCCCUCGACGCUCAUACGCUCGCUUCUCAUAACACAAGUCCUGUGUCAACUUUAACUGGGUCGUCGGAGGUGGACGCAGCUACACCAUUAGGUCGAGAUUCCCUUGGCUCUUUGGCUUCUAUGUCGCUGUCUGCUGCCAGCAACUGCUCCUCGUCAAGUCCCGGAAGCAGAAGACAUUCGGUUAACACUUUACAAGGUAGCAGAUCAGAAGAGCUGACUCGCAUGUCAAGUGGGUUCUUCAAAUCCAGGAAAACAGCGGCAAGAAGAUCAGCCAGGGUCAGCAGUAAACAGUCUUCGUCUUCUUCAGAAAUCAAGAAAGUUUAUCCCUCGUUACCUCUGACGUUGAGACCGCUCUUCUUUGAGGUACCAUCCACGGAUAGCAACGCUUAUUUUGCAGGAAGGCAGUGGUUAAUAAGAGACAUGGAGAAAGCAUUGGAAUCCAGUACAUCAGGAAUCCUAAUAUCGGGUAGCCCAGGAACAGGAAAGACCGCAUUGAUACUACAACUAGUAGAAUACUCCUGCUUCGGUCGGAAGCGAAACUUCGAAUACGAGGAGCUUCGAGAACAAUCUGACAUGAGAGAGUUACUCCCUGAAGAGAUGACUGCUGGAAUGUUCACACAUCUGGCUUCGCAUGUUGUGGCGUAUCAUUUUUGUCAAGCUGACAACAACAGCACAUGUCUAGUCGGAGAAUUCGUACAUUCCCUAGCAGCACAACUGUGCCAAGCUCCAAGAUUGCAAGCGUACAGAGAGUACAUCCUCAGUGAGCCACAUCUCACAGCCUGUCUGUCUUUAAAGGAAUGUAUAGCAGACCCUGACUUGGCUUUCAUGAGAGGAAUCAUAGAACCUCUGAUCAUUUUGAGAAAGAACGGAAGCAUAGACUCCGGCAACAGCAUAAUUCUUGUCGAUGGUUUGUGUGAAGCAGAAUAUCACAGACCAGAUCAUGGACAUACGAUAGCCUCAUUCCUAAUAAGGCACGUAGCAGAAAUGCCAUCGUGGCUUAAAGUUGUCGCUACAAUCAGAACACAAUUUUUAGAACUAACAAAACAGCUACCUUAUACAAGACUAACUUUGGACGAAUCUGAUAAUGUAAAUAAAGAUUUACUGGACUACUUUAAUGCAAGAGUACAAUCGACGCCUAUAAUAGAAACGAACAUCAAAUGUUCGACCGGAAAAACGGAAGGAGUGCACAAUUCCGUUAUGAAAUUUGCACAGUACGUUCUACAUUUAUGCCAAGGCUCGUUCCUGUUCCUGAAGCUAAUAUUAGAUCUUCUCGAGAGAAGCCAUAUUGUCGUUAAGUCGACGAAUUAUAAAGUAGUGCCAAUAUCAUUGGCGCAGAUAUUUUUAUUGCAAUUCAAUUUGAGAUUUCCCACAGUACAAUCCUUUGAAAAGAUUACCCAUAUUUUGAGCGUCUGCCUGGCUGCUUUAUAUCCUCUUACUUUGGUAGAAAUAUACUAUUCCGUGAAUUCAUUACUGGUGAAUCAAUUUCUGCCUUGGGAAGAAUUUUGUGACAGAUUCGAAACCCUAUCAGACUUUCUUGUCAAACGAAUCGAUAAUACUUACAUGUUCUUUCACCCAUCAUUCAGGGAAUGGUUGAUAAGACGUGAUGAUAAUGAAAGUGCAAAAUUUCUAUGUGAUUUACGUGCAGGCCAUUGUGGUAUUGCAUUCAGACUGUCAAGAGUGCAAGCGCCUUUGGACUCCGAAAAGACUAUGGAACUAGGACAUCACAUUCUAAAGGCUCAUAUGUAUAGAAAUCUUGGUCCAGCGCAGCUUGGUCUAUGUCCAAGAGAUCUGCAAGCAGCUAUGGUAUCGACAAGUUCUUCGAAUGUGGGAGAAGCAAUUGCUAAUCUUAGAAACAUUUACACUCCAAAUGUUAAAGUAUCAAGAUUGAUGUUGCUUGCUGGAGGAUCACCUAACCAUAUAACUGAUUGUCUUGGAAAUGCGCCAUUGUUGUGCAUGUACUCGUACCAGGGCAUCAUAUCCAUGGUGGGACUGUUGAUAGAGUUCGGAGCUGACUUAGAAAUGACAAAUUCUCAAGGUUGUACAGCGUUGUCCUUGGCGUGCCAGAGGGGUCACACAGAUGUUGCUAGAAGACUCAUUGCGGCAGGAGCGUCCUUGAGUCACACAGACACAGCCGAGCAGACUCCAUUAGUGCAUGCUGCUAAAAAUGGCCACAGGGAUACAGUGAUAUACCUCCUUGGUUGUCAAACGGGAAGGGACGAUAGGAACUCCUUGGAUAUAGACGAUGGAAGUAUAGAACAGUUGGUACCGGGAUCAAGACACGCUUUAAUUGCGGCUGCCCAAAAUGGCCAUCUGGACAUCGUGGAGUAUCUUUUGGAUACUGCUGAAUUGAUACCCGACGGUAUUUGUCCAGUGACGGGUGAGACAGCCCUGACCGCUGCCUGCUCCACCGGAAACGCCGCCAUUGCUGACGCGUUACUUAUCCGCGGAGCUACCCCGUACUCUCUCAACGCUCGACAGAUGUCGCCACUAGCGUUAGCGGCUAAAAAUGGCCGAUCAACACUUGUGUUGAGGCUGUUGGACUCUGGAGCCGAUGUCACGGGUUCAGGUGGAAAGAACCCGCUGAUUUUGGCGGCCGCUGAGGGACAUGCCGAUGUUGUGGAGAUUUUGUUGAAUCAUGGAGCUGACCCAAAUUCUAUCGAUGCCGAUGGCGUACCAGCUCUGGGCUGGACAUGUCUUCGAUCCAGGAUAUCUACAAUGGUGUUACUGUUAGAUCGAGGAGCUUUUAUCGAUCAACCGGACGGCAAUGGUCGUACUCCACUAGGUCUAGCGUGUGGAGGUCCUACAGAUCUCGUGGAGAUUUUGCUGGAGCGAGGAGCGUCACUGGAGAAGGUGGAUCAUAGUGGAUUGAGGCCUUUAGACAGAGCAAUCGGCCAGAGGAAUGUGCCAGUGGUGAAUUGUUUCCUACGGAAAGGAGCUAAACUAGGCCCCACUACAUGGGUGAUGGCGUCAGGCAAACCAGAAUUUAUGUUGAUACUCCUAAACAAGUUGCUCGAAGACGGAAACAUGUUGUACCGUAAGAACAGGCCUUCAGAGGCCGCCCAUCGCUACCAAUACGCGCUGAAGAAGAUCAACCCUCUCAUCACUGAUGAAGGUUUGACCGCGCCGAGCACGCAACCCGUACCCCAUGAGCACAUAUCAGCUUUUGUGCAAUUGAAAACCAAUUUACUGCUGAAUCUGUCGAGGUGCAAGAGGAAAUUGAACGAGCCAUCAGAAGCCCUCGACUUAGCCGCGCGCGCUUCUGUACUGCGACCAAACGCUUUUGAGUGCGCCUACGCAAUGGCCAGAGCAAUUCUCGCACUCAAUAAACCUUCUGAAGCCUUGCCCCACGCCAGAAGAGCCUUAGUUCUAGCACCAACUACUGACAUAUCAGCUAUAAGAACCUUGAAGGCUUUACAACAAGAGAUUUUAACAAGAAUAAACACAGGAACACACAGUUUAUACGGCGACAAUCGAUCUAUGAGAAAUUUGGACACAAUCAGUCUAAACAUGCCCUAAAUUUGUGAAUUAUUAUUUAUAUAUAUAUAUAUAUAUAGAGCUUUUAUCUGAAAUCAUUUUAUGUUAAUUUUCUAUACGUAAUCAAUAUGAAAAUUAAAUUUUUAAUAUACAAUGCAAUUAGUGUUAUAGAUUUUUGGGUACGAUCGAUGUCCGUAUAAUUAAGUACAAAUGUUAUAGAUACCUAAAUUCAUACAAUUGAACAAUUUGAAAUUCACUUAAACAAAUCAGUUUUUGAUACUUGAUAUGUUUUACAAAAUAUUUGAAAGAUGUAGUCUCUGCCUACCCCUCCGGAAAAAAGGCGUGAUUUGUAUUUGUACUUAAUUAAUAUGGGCCUUGAUUUAAGGUAUCUACAUUUUCCAAGUUUUAUUUGUAAACAACAUUUAAUCAGUUUAGAAUCUUGUAGAUAAUUCUUAUAUAGAUUUUAUUACAUAAAUGACAUCGUCAUGUAAAUAGGCCGCAAUUAUAAAAUUGUCGUUGUUUUGUACAGUGACUUUUUAUAUAAAAUAUAACCUCGAAUAUUAUUUCUUUAAAAAAAUAAACAUUUGCUUGCCAUGUCCCAUUUGCUUUAAAAAAAAAAAAAACAAAAAAUGUGCCUUUGGUUUAAAAACUGCAAUUUAGUUUUUAUUUUUUGUUGUUAUUUUUAAUAAGUUCGAGUUAAACUCAUAUGCCCAUUUCCUUGCUUUACUUUAAUUUAUUUAAAAAAUACGAGUGUAUUACAAAUUUUUGAUAUUGAAAUUGGUAUUGUGAACAUUUUGUUUGUAUGUGAUGGAUAAUUAUAUGAAAUAUCCAGAUUGAAUACAUAUACGUAAAACUUAUUUAUUGAACGGUUUUCGAAAUUCCUUUAUAUUAUUUUAAAUCUAAGAGUGAAGAAAAUAAAAUAAUUACAAUACCACACUAAAAAGUAAUUCAGUUUUCAUUUAUAUUCAUAUGUCUUAUUUUUUCAGCUGUGGUAUUUUAUAAUAAAAUCAUUUAUUUAUUCUAAAUUUGCAUAGAAGCAAUAAAAUCAAUUCGACAAAUUGUAAGACUGAAUGAUAUGAAAAUUGAAGUAAUGAUGACACAGAUAAAUUAGAAAAAUAAGUGUAUUUUAAGUACAAUAAUUACUGUGACAGUACACGU